AUCAAUAUGGCGUCUGUUAUGAAGUAUUGUUGUGAAAUGUGAAAUGUGUAUGCGUUGAUCGGCCGUUAGACCGCAAGUUUCGUUAUCGUAAUUUGAAAAAUAAAUGUGAUUUCCGUUCUCUGGUGCACUAUAUCCCAGAUGCCUAACUUAUCUCAACUUUCUGCUUCAUCUAUCGCAGAGAAACAGUAAGGAAGUUAGCAUAUAGAGAUGGCGAGUCCCUCGCCUCAGAAUUCGCCCAUGCCUCCGCCGCAAGCCCCAUCUCCUUUGGGCCCUCCUCAACAGGUCCUGUCGCCCAUGUCUUCUCCCGCAGGAAUGGCUCCUCCGCAAGCAAUACCACCUUCACACCCUCAUAGUCCAACAAACUAUUCGCAAGGUCUGUCUCCGGGGACAAUCCCCCCUCACAUGAGCCCAACAGGUGUUCCUCAGCAUGCUAUGGCUCAAGCCUCUCAGCCCCCAUUUCAGCCAAAUGCUUUGCAGUCUGGACCCCUGCCGCAAGAAAAUUUAAACGCAUUGCAACGUGCUAUUGACUCAAUGGAGGAAAAAGGUCUUCAAGGAGACCCAAGAUACUCGCAACUCUUGGCAUUAAGAGCACGUCAAAGUGGUAUUAGCUCAGACCCUCGCCCUCCUGGAUCGGGAUUUCCAAUUGGACCCGAAAGUCCAGCUUCCAGCCGCCAGCUUCUGAGUCAGUACCAGUUACAGCAACUCCGAUUUCAAAUCAUGGCUUACAGACUUUUGGCCCGGAACCAACCUCUAACACAACACCUAACCAUGGCAGUUCAGGGCAAACGACCGGACAGUCUUCAAGCAGGAUUACCUGCUGCCACUCCUUUGUCAGACUCAAGCUUCAGUCAACCGCCACGCUCUGGAGAGCUUUCAGAGUCUCCAGAAGUCAACCCUGGGAUGAUUCAACAAGUCAGGCCCUCAGUUCCCUUGAGUCAACCUUCUAGUCAGUCCUCUGCACCAAGCCAACCAGCUCCAACGCCAGGGAUGCAGCAAGGUCCUGGAAUACCUCUUGCUCAUCGUUUCCCUACAGCAGGUGUCAAUUCGCCUGCUAGCGGACCUUUAUCACAAGUGCCACGAAUGUCAGGACCUCCAGGACCUGGGCCACAACAAAUAAAUAAUCAGCAGCAACUGAAUCAACCGCAGCAAGCUCAGUCAAAGCAGAAUCGAGUGACUGCAGUGCCCAGACCCCAAGGGCUUGAUCCCCUGAUCAUUUUACAGGAGCGAGAGAAUCGUAUUGCUGCUAAAAUGGCUCAUCGCAUGAAUGAACUGAAAAACCUGCCCACGACCAUGUCUGAAGACCUUCGGCUCAAGGCUGAAAUAGAGCUGAGAGCACUCAGAGUUUUAAAUUUUCAAAGGCAGCUGAGAAACGAAGUGAUUGCCUGCACUCGUAAAGACUCAACUUUAGAAACUGCCGUAAGUAUGAAAGCUUACAAACGUACUAAAAGGCAAGGUUUAAAAGAGGCUCGAGCAACAGAAAAGCUUGAGAAACAGCAGAAAAUGGAAGCCGAAAGGAAAAGACGACAGAAGCACCAAGAAUACCUGAACACCAUCUUACAGCACUGCAAAGAUUUCAAAGAAUAUCACCGCAACAAUCAGGCAAGAAUCGGGCGACUAAACAAAGCUAUUUUGACGUAUCAUGCCAAUGCUGAAAGAGAACAGAAGAAAGAACAAGAGAGGAUUGAGAAAGAGCGUAUGCGUCGGCUGAUGGCUGAAGAUGAGGAAGGAUAUCGGAAACUUAUUGACCAGAAAAAGGAUAAGAGGUUGGCUUUUCUUCUCUCUCAGACAGAUGAAUAUAUUUGUAAUUUGACUGAAAUGGUGAAACAGCACAAGACGGAACAAAAACGCAAACAGCAAGAGGAAGAAAAAAAGAAAAAGAAGAAAAAAAAGAAAAAGUCUAAGGCUGAUGACGGAGAUGAUGGCUCUCAGUCAGAAAUGUGUAUAAAAGUUGUGGAAACAGGAACUGGACGAAUGCUCAGAGGAGAAGACGCUCCUUCUGCAAAUCAGUUAUCCAGCUGGCUAGAGGCGCACCCUGGCUGGGAAGUGCUGAAAGAGUCCGAAGACGAGGAAGAAGAUUCCAGUGAUGAAGAUGAGGAUGACUUGGAUGAAGAAGAUAAUGAAAACGAAGAAGAGAAAAUUGCUAAAAAGAAAGAAGAUCCAGGGGCUGUAAUAAAAAAAGCUAAAGCAGAAGAUGACGAAUAUAAAAACACAGCUGAAGAGCACACGUACUACAGCAUUGCGCACACAAUCCAUGAGAUCGUCACAGAACAAGCAUCAAUUAUGGUCAAUGGCCAGCUGAAAGAAUACCAAAUAAAAGGUCUUGAGUGGCUUGUCUCUCUCUACAACAAUAACCUCAACGGUAUUCUUGCGGAUGAAAUGGGUCUUGGGAAAACCAUACAGACCAUCGCUCUAAUUACGUAUUUGAUGGAGAAGAAAAAGCUGAAUGGACCGUAUUUGAUCAUUGUUCCUCUAUCAACUCUUUCUAAUUGGGUCUUGGAGUUUGAAAAAUGGUCGCCAUCGGUUUUUGUCAUCGCUUACAAAGGCUCUCCAGGAGUUCGUCGUACCCUUCAGGCCCAAAUGCGCUCGAACAAGUUUAAUGUCCUUUUAACAACUUAUGAGUAUGUCAUCAAGGAUAAAUCAAUAUUGGCCAAGAUACAUUGGAAAUACAUGAUAAUUGAUGAAGGUCAUCGGAUGAAAAACCACCACUGCAAACUCACCCAGAUUCUCAACACUCACUAUAACGUUCCUCAUCGACUUUUGCUGACUGGAACUCCCCUACAAAAUAAGUUACCAGAGCUCUGGGCGCUCCUAAAUUUUCUCUUGCCAUCAAUCUUCAAAUCGGUUUCGACCUUUGAGCAAUGGUUCAAUGCUCCUUUUGCUACCACAGGAGAAAAGGUUGAGCUGAAUGAAGAAGAAACGAUUCUUAUAAUUCGGCGUUUGCAUAAAGUUCUGCGACCAUUCCUUCUCAGACGCCUGAAGAAGGAAGUCGAAUCACAGUUACCAGAUAAGGUUGAAUAUAUCGUCAAGUGCGAUAUGUCUGGUCUACAGCGCGUUUUGUACAGACAUAUGCAGAGCAAAGGAGUUCUUCUAACUGAUGGUUCAGAGAAAGGUAAACAAGGAAAAGGUGGUGCCAAAGCACUCAUGAACACAAUCGUUCAAUUGCGUAAACUGUGUAAUCAUCCAUUCAUGUUUCAAAACAUUGAGGAAAAAUACUGUGAGCAUAUCGGUGGAACCGGCAAUGUUGUUACCACGCCUGAUCUCUGGCGAGUUUCCGGAAAGUUUGAACUGCUGGAUAGAAUUCUCCCUAAACUGAAAGCAACGAAUCAUCGCGUGCUCCUCUUCUGUCAGAUGACUCAAUUGAUGACCAUCAUGGAGGAUUAUUUCAAUCUCCAAGGCUUUUCGUACCUUCGUUUAGAUGGAACAACCAAAGCUGAGGAUCGAGGAGACUUGCUGAAAAAAUUCAACAGCCCAGACAGUGAUUACUUUCUUUUCCUUCUCAGUACUCGAGCUGGAGGUUUGGGAUUGAAUCUCCAAUCCGCAGACACGGUCAUCAUUUUUGAUUCAGACUGGAAUCCCCAUCAGGACUUGCAAGCUCAAGACCGAGCACAUCGAAUCGGACAAAAAAAUGAAGUACGAGUAUUGCGUUUGAUGACAGUCAACUCAGUGGAGGAACGAAUACUGGCAGCUGCUCGUUAUAAAUUGAACAUGGAUGAGAAGGUUAUUCAAGCAGGAAUGUUUGACCAAAAAUCUACCGGCUCCGAGCGUCAACAGUUUCUGCAAAGUAUUUUGCACCAAGAUGAUGCUGAAGAUGAGGAGGAAAAUGAAGUUCCUGAUGAUGAAGUAGUGAACCAAAUGAUCGCACGGAGCGAAGCAGAGUUUGAGAUUUUCCAGCAAAUGGACAAGGAACGUCGGCGUGAGGAAGCCAGGCAAGGCAAAUCUCGACUAGUCGACGAAUCAGAAUUACCCGAGUGGCUAGUUAAGGAUGAUGAUGAAGUUGAAGCAUGGACGUCGUACGAUCUGGGAGAAACGCAGAUUAUGGGUCGAGGCUCAAGACAACGGAAAGAAGUUGACUACUCGGACAGCUUGACUGAGAAAGAAUGGCUGAAGGCUAUCGAUGAAGGCAUUGAGGAUUAUGAUGAAGACGAAGAGGAAGAAGGAAGUAGGUCAUCGAAGAAAUCACGCCGAAGGCGGAAACGAGAGGAAGAGGAUGAAGAAGAAACUUCCUCCAAGAAAAAGAAAAGCUCUUAUGGUGGUGGACCUAGCACAUCUGGCAAAGACAGUUCUCGUCUUAAGAAACAAUGUCGGAAGUUAAUGAAUACCGUCAUCAAGUAUACAGACAGAGACCAGCGAACGUUGAGUGAGCCUUUUAUGAAACUGCCCUCACGCAAAGAGUUACCAGAUUAUUAUGAGGUCAUAAAAAAACCCAUUGACAUUAAGAAAAUUAUGUCCAGGAUCGAAGAGGGGAAAUAUGGUGGUUUAGAUGAUCUCGAGCGGGACUUCAUGCAAUCCUGUAAGAAUGCUCAAAUGUACAACGAAGAAGGGUCUCUAAUUUAUGAAGAUUCAAUUGUUCUCCAGUCUGUUUUUUGCAACGCUCGUAUUCGUAUGGAAGAAGAGAGCAGGGACAAUAAUGAAGACGAUGAAGGCUCCGUGUCAGAUGCAGAUUCAACAACAGUGAGGGUAAAAUUAAAAUUAAAGACUCCGUCAAGAUCGUCAGCGAGGAGUAGUGAAUCCAAAUCGUCUCGCCGGAAACGCACCAGUAAAAAGUACAUCAGUGAUGAUGAUGAUGACGAUGAUGACUCCAAUGAUUAAACUUUUGAAGUUGACUCGCCCUUCAAAAAAAUGUACGUUGUCAUCAUGAAAAUGAACUGAUAGUGCUAAACAUUUUUAAUUUGAACUGGAAUUACAUAGUACUUUUUGAACCAUCAUUAAAAAAAAACUAUUUUUUUUUUAGUCCAAAAAUUGUGUUAGUUCUAUAUGUAAUGCUUUUGAGUAUUUUUGUCGGGCGUUUCUAUCUCAUAAAUUGAUUAAUUGUAAGUUUUUUUGUUUGUUUAUUCUUUCGUUAGUUUGUUUGUUAGUUUUUUCUUUCAUCUUUUUUUUCCUCCUUUCUUUCUUUCUUUCAACAAUUUGUCCAGUCAUUGUUUUAUCUCAUAUUCUGUGAGACUGAUGUAACUUGUAAUCUAAUCAUGGUUGAAUUCAGUGAUAGUAAUCACUAAUUCACGUUCUAUUUUUCAUACCAAAGUUGUGCAAAUUUCUAGAAAUGUGUUGAAACUUUUGGUGACAAUUUAAAUUUAUUGAAUCAUAUUUUUCAGUCAAUUUCAACUGAUUUGAGUACCAUGAAUUUUAUUCAUAAAUUAUAAUUUCAUUCUGGAUCAAUUUCACUAAUUUAGCAAGAAGAAAAACAUCAUAAUACCUCUUCACAGAUAUUGUUCAAACGUAGUCAAAUGUGUAUGGCCACGUGUAUUUGAUAUGUUUCCUAAGUAAAGGAAACAAAUAAUAAUUGAUUAUAAUAAUUUGUUGUUAGGAACAAUUGAGGAUAAUGUGUCCUUCUGGACACAUAUCCUCUCAAUCAGUAGAAUUAUGGAAAAAACAAGGUGACUGCUUUUAAUUGAAAUUUUUAUGUUAUUAAUGACUUACAGAAAGUUAAGAAACUAGACAAAACUAACUGAAUCCAUUUUCACAAUUUUUUCUCAGAAUAGAAAAGUAUAUCAUUAUGGGAGAUGCAUCUCACUUGUACAUUCUACUAGUACAUUGCACUUUUCUCUCAAUGUAUUGAGCUUUAAUAUCGCAUUUAUCAAUGUCUGAGAAGGUGAGCAUUUAUGAAAUUUACAUUUUUCAAUAUGAAGCACUUUUUGUUUCGCCACUCUUUCUGAAAAAUUAAUGUUAAUUAUUAUUUCUACUUUUGUGUAGUUCUGACUCGACAGCCUUGAUAUUACAGAGGCAGUGCCAACCCUUAAACAUUUAUAAAAUUAGAUCUUGGUUGAACUUUUUAACGCUAUGACUACCAUUCUGGUCUUUUUUGUAAGCUACGCUGGGCCAUAUUUGGAUAUUAAUUUCUUGUCAUAUUUCUCAUGAGACCAGCAUAUCUUGCUGUCUGUGAUCUCAUAAAGUAGUCAUGAUCAGCAUUACCCUGAAAGUUACCCCUGUCACUGAAAGCAUUUUUGACCUUUCGACCUUAGUUCCAUGAAAUCAGCACUGAUGCUUAGAAGUUCGGAAUUUUGGAUCUCUUAAGUUAAGUUUUCAAAAGAGGUGGAAUCAAAUUAAUUAUAAAAAAGCCAGCAAUUAUAUUUCUUCAUCAAUAUUCCAGUGAAAAUUUUGAAAAUUUAGUGCAUGUGUGUGGUAUGUAAUCCUAUGCAUAAAGUUGCUCCUCUAACGUAAGGGCGUACCUCAAUAAUGCUGUUUUUAACAAAAAAUUAGUCGUAUCAAAAACUCUAAUUUUCAAAUUACCUGAUUUUAACAAAAAGGACAAAUUUUUUUCAAGAGCGUAACUGCUCCCAUCUUCAGCGGGUGACAACUGAGGGGCUCUGCGUCUCAGCGUCUCUGUCCUAGUUCCUGAAUCUGACCGAAAGUGUGCUGCAAACGCCUCAGUUGUCACCUGCUGAAGAUGGGAGCAGUUAGGCUUCCGAAACAAAUAUGUCCUUUUUAUUUUGUUAAAAUCAGGUAAUUCGAAAGUUAGAGUUUAUGAUACAACUCACUUUUUGUUAAUUUACAUUUUCAAAGUCUAUAAUCUCGUGUUAAUAGUCAAAUGCUGUUUUUCCUCAAUGGUCCGUAAAGAUUCCUCAGUUUCAAGUCUCCCUCAAUACUUGUGUAUUCUAGCGAUAGACAUGCUGUUUCAAUACACUUCCUGGUGUUUGGUAAACAGGCAUUCAAAUCAAAUAAGUGAUAACCGGACUAAUUUUUGCAAUUAAAAAUUACAAAUUCAGGCUCAUCCGUACAAACACUUCUUUGCACAGGGAAACUAAUGGUGCACACGUUGUUUCUAAAAUGAGCCAGGAUUUUUAGUUCUUAAUUUCAAAAUGUAGUUCAACUGUAACUUAGACACCAAGAUUUUUUUCCUUACGUAAGGGUUGUUUCAAAAGUUUCUUAGUAGGCAUUUAUUCCUCCCGUUUAAUAAUCUGUAUUUGAAUAGAUCAUACCUCCGUUAGGUGCACAUUCACCACCACUGUGGGUUCCAUCUUUGCAGUACGAAGCACUGAGGUCAGAAGUUGAGAGAAAAUCAGAUUUCAGUUCAAAACUUUUUAGUUUGUAGUACAUUAGAAUUAAUUUGAAUUUAAAUGUUUAUCAACUGUUUUUAUUUUCUAUAGUCUAUUGUUGGUUAGAAAAUUAAGAGUGUGUGUUGAAUUUCCCCUCAUUGUCCCCUUUUCAAAUUUUCUCCUCUAGUUAUUUACUCUUUGGCUUGUUAAGUUAGUUAUGUAUGAGUGACGUAAUUAUAAUGGUUAAUCUCUCCAAAAUUGCUUGAGCAUCAAAAACCUGAGAGUUAACCAUUACUUCUAUAUUAUACACAGUAUGAGCAAAUUCUGUUCCUGCUAAACAGUCGAUAGGUUUUAGACCUUUGAAUAUCAACAAAUCAUAUGGACGUAUUUCUAUCAAACGGAACUAUGUGCAUUAUGAUGUGAGCCCUGUUAUGCUUGUAUCCUUAUGGGUCUCAGGACUCAUGUCUGAAUGCACAUAGUUCCGUUUGACAGAAAUACGUCCAUAUGUACCAAGGAAACCUAGACCCAGGCUUUGAACAUGUACUCUUAAGCAGAUCUUAUACAGAUGUAAUGGCCAACUUGUCUCUGUACAUACUGUCUAAUCUAUUUUCUUUAGAAGCACAUCUCUUAUCUUAUCAGUUAAGCUUCACAGCUCAUUACAAACAUUUUAUCAUUAAUUUUUAUUACUUUAAGGUUUUUUUUCUCAUAAGAAAUGAAUUUCAAUGUUUCGAUCCCUAAAAAUUCAAAUUCACUACAAACUAAUCUUUAGAUAAAAAGUCUUGCCAAUAUACCCAAACAGUCAGACUUUUAGUCAGUUUUCGCUUUUAAAAUGGUACCAUUUAAAAGUUUCAAAGACCAUAGAGUACAUAGAGUCGUAAUGUAAGUGGGAGAGCUGGCGCCACUUUUAAGCAUUUUCCAGGUCCCAAAUUUCGCGACUCCCGUGUGACGCCGUGUCACUUUUUCGAUACAUAAUCGAUUGUUUUCGAUACACAGGUACCCGGCCAUUCGAUGUAAACUCAGAAGAUAGGAAUUAUCAUGUACUCCACACUGCAAUUUUGGAUGGAACAUGUAUGGAAAAAGUGAUCGAAGCUCGGCGCACACCGGGCUCGGAACUCUUCAAGGAGAACAUGGCACCAGCUCUCCCACUUACAUUACGACUCUAUGUACUCUAUGUAAAAGGCCCAUAUUGACAGCUGUAGGAGUUUUCAAAGUUAGUUAAAAUGAGCUGUUGUUAUACAUAUCAGUUUUGCAAGUCAAGCAACUCUAUGUUUGGACAAAUGGAGCAACAUUAUAUUGACUCAGAGCUCAAGCAGUUGUAAUAAAGCUCAGACAAGAGCAGCUUUUUGGAGUUAAUUGUUGUUUCCAAGACCACACCAACAGCCACUGACAAAAAUUUGUUUCAACAUGCCAGCUCCUAUGACUUCUCUUAAAUGAGAUUAACCUAAUAUCCUAUAGUACAAUUAUUCUCAUCCAUAAUAUUGGAAUUCGGAGAUCCCUAUAAUCAUUCUCAGAUGCCUUCUUUUGCCUUACAUAUAGUCUGCAUUUUUCUUCUAAUGGAGCGUUAUUUUUUUUAUCCUAAGUAAGGACAAUAUGUUGUUAUCAUCUCAAAUGGUUGUGUAACCUCGUCUCUAAUUUCAAAAUUACUUUUUUAUUUUUUAUCCUCUCAAUUGUGUUAAUCUUAAGAAUUUCUUGUGGUUGUUAUUUGUGAUUCAAGUGCAUUAUUUGUGUUUAUCUAUAAAAUACAGAGGGGUUAUUCUCCCUCUAAAGUUAAAAGGAUAUACUUUCUAUUUCUCUCUUUCAGUUUUUUACCUUAUAGUCCAUCUAAUUCAUCAAAGUUUCAACGCUAUUAUCCAUUAAAUUUCAGCAAAAAACUUUACAUAACUUCCUGAAUCAUUGAAGAGGUCUGUGAGUUUUGUAGAAUCUCAUAGUUGCACUGUUGGUAGUUGGCACUGUAGUACCUCGAUUAUCCAAUGAAUUGUGGUGCAAGUCUGUACCGGAUCCCAAAAACGCUAUAUAAUCAAAAUUGCAUGAAACACAUUCACCACAUAAAGUAUGUGUGCAAUAGACAAAGAAAUAAGAAAAAAAUGAAGAAAAAAUAAGAAAACCUCAUUGUUCUGUGGGAUAAGUGACAAGCAGAUGAUUGAGGUAUUACUGUACUUCUCCAUACAAUUCGGUAGUUCUGCAAUGUACCUGGUCUGUUUUGUUAAGUAAAUUAAUUUGUAGUCAAAUGGAUUUUAUUUCUUCUAUGUCAAACUAGCAGCCUUUCUUAAUUUUAGGGAGUCUUUCUUAAUGAAAUGGAGGCUUGCUUUUUUUCCACUUUUUUGUCCAUUCUUAUGCACAGCAAAGGAGCCAUACAUUUACAUGAAAGAAGCACUUUUUUUUUUAAAUUGUUAAGUUUUAAGCCGUAACAAUUCUUUUUUAAUGCCUCUGGACAGGUUUUUUAAAGUUUAAGGGUUGAUUCAACUUUUUCUCAAUUUGACGUAAUUUGCUUUGCUCGCCUGUUUUCUUAUGAAUACACAAAUCUUCAUACCUUACAUGUAUUUCAAUAUUUUGUUGAACUGUUUAUCAUUAAAAAUCUAUGUUUUUUGAA